AUGAGCAUCUUUGGACUUGGAAAGAAGAGUCAGACAUUCAAGCCCCACAAGAACAUUCCUGAGGGCACCAAGCAGUACCAGCUCAAGAAGUAUGCGGAGGCCACGCUUGGCAGCGGCAACCUCAAGCUCGCCGUUACCCUUCCCGAAGGCGAGGACAUCAACGAAUGGCUCGCCGUCAACACUGUGGACUUCUUCAAUCAGAUCAACAUGCUGUACGGAACCAUCACCGAGUUCUGCACGCCCCAGGAGUGCCCCGUCAUGUCUGCUGGCCCCAAGUAUGAGUACAUGUGGGCCGAUGGUGUGAACGUGAAGAAGGCCAUCAAGUGCUCGGCGCCCGAGUAUGUGGACUUCCUGAUGACCUGGGUGCAGGAGCAGCUCGACGACGAGGAGAUCUUCCCCUCGAAGGUGGGCGUGCCCUUCCCCAAGAGCUUCGUGCAGAUCGUGGGCAACAUCUUCAAGCGUCUCUUCCGCGUCUACGCCCACAUCUACCACUCGCACUUCCCCAAGAUCGUGAGCCUGGGCGAGGAGGCCCACCUCAACACCUCGUUCAAGCACUUCAUCUUCUUCGUCCAGGAGUUCAGCCUCAUCAACAAGAAGGAGCUGCAGCCGCUGGCCGAGCUCAUCUCCAGCCUCACCAACAAGAAGCCGAGCUAA